AGGAAAGCUUGCAUUAAUGCAGUACAGUGUCUGAGAUUCAGAAGUGAAGAAUAAGUUUAAUUUAAUUUUGCUUAGGGAAAAAAUUAAAAAUGGCGAAACCUCGUUUUGUAAUCGAAAAUGGGAUACUAAAAGGUGAGGAAAAAAUUUUCGAUAUCGGAGAUGCUAACUUGGGAGAAAAAAUUUUGCAGAGACUGAAAAGUAAACCAGAUUUCGUGGGACAGGUGGAUGCAGUCACAGGUGAAGAAUGCACUUACGGAAAAAUGGAAGACGAAAGUGUCCGCUGCUCGUUAUGGUUCAGAAAAGAAGGAAUGAAACCUGGAGACGCAGUGUGCCUUUUUACUCAUAAUCACUUGGCCUCUUAUAUUCCUUGUUUGGCAACAUUUUAUAAUCGAGCAAUUUUAUGUCCCUCAUUUUCAGGCCACUCUUUGGAAAACUUGAAAUACAUACUCGAACUAAUAAAACCGAAAUUCGUUUUCGCGGACGAAAGAGAAGCAAUCUUAAUUGACCAAAUAUCCAGAGAAGAAAACCUGGAAAUUAAAAUUGUUGUAUUCAACGAAAUUCCUGGAUUCCAAUCCCUAAGGGAAAUUCUUCGUGAGCAGGAUUUGAACCAAGUUUCUAAUUUCGUCUGCACUAAACCCAAAAAUCCUGAAGACGACUGUCUUUUAGUUUUCACUUCUGGAUCAUCGGGCGAACCUAAACCGACGCUUCAUUCCUACAAAGCAGUCAUGGAAACUGUGAUGAUUUCUUUAGAAGUAAAAAAGAAGGGAAACUUAGUCACAAUUAAUUAUUCGCCAAUGGGAUGGAUUUGUGGAAUAAUUAAUAUGAUUAUUGAUUUGAUGAAUUUUGUCAAAAAAAUUAUUGUACACGAAAAAGGACAUCAGCCGGAGGAAGUGCUGACAUUCAUCGAAAAAUAUAAGGUAACAAGCUUGACUUUGGAAUUAAGAAUGAUUUAUCGUUUUUACGUAUUCGAUAAGCUGCAAAAUUACGAUACUUCCUCAAUAAAAUCAUUAUCUCUCGGUGGAACAAAAUUGAAACCAGAAAUUAUGAAAUGCCUCAAACUAAUGGUUCCUAACGGAUAUUUACAAUUAGUGUACGGAUCUACGGAACUGCAAAUGUUGAGCCUAAUAAGCAAAGCCAAUGACGAUAAUUUUGAAUCUUGUGGUUUCAUAUUUCCCAAUGUUCAGCUGAAAGUAGUUCAUCCGCGAACUGGAAAAAUUCUCGAACCGAAUAAAAAAGGAGAACUUUGUUUCAAAUCUCCUUAUAUGAUGAAAGGCUAUUACAAAAAUCCAGAAGCUACGAAAACAGUUUUUGACGAGGAGGGUUGGUAUCAUUCGGGCGAUUUUGGUUACUUCGACGAAAAUGGAAAUGGCUACAUUCUUGGAAGGAUAAGCAGUCUCUCAUCAAUUUCUGAUGAAACAAAUUUAACUCAUUGGGAAGUUGAAAGAAUUUUAUUUCUUAAUAGCGAUGUUGUUGAGGUUUCUUCAAUUUUCAUCCCGGAAGAUUCAACAAAUCCAAGCAUUUUUGUGUUUGUAACUCUUAUUCCUGCCUCAAAGGUAACAGAUGAAGAAUUAACAGAAAUGUUGAAAUGCCUCAUGAUGAAAAAAGUUGAAAUAACUGUUAAAAUUCUGAACUCAAUGCCGCUUACUUACAACGGAAAAGUGAAGCUUGACAUUCUCAAAAAAAUGAGCGAAUCCAUAAAAUUCAAUGAUCAAUAAAAUUUAUAUAUUAUUUAACUACCUAAAAAUGUAAAAACAGCAAAAUAAAAUAAGUAACGAUUGAAAA